AAUUUGCCCGAAUUUAGGGUUAACAAAAAAAAUAAGGUUACGUGUACGUCUAAAUCUUUAUGACGUAAUAACUUUGAGAAGAAAAUAAUGUAAAAUCAAAAAAAGAAAAUCGCACGGAAAUGGUAGAGUAGGUUACACAUUUUCCGUGAGAUAUCAUUUUCCAAUAGUCAAAAAAAAUAAAAAAAAUACAAGAGUAAAGCAUGGACAAGAAGAACCUAACACGUGUCGAAAGUAUAUUGUGACGGUAGCACGAAUCCGAAUUCACCGACCCGUAAGCCGAGUAUUUCUCUGUCCUUUUCUUUGAACUUUGAGAACGAAUAUAAUCCCCAGAGCGGCGAUUUUAUGCCUCUCUCUCCCUUCUCAUUUUAAAAUAAUAAAUCAAUUCGAGCUCACUGAUUAAUCUUCUUCGGCACUAGGAAAUGUCAAACGGUGGAGGAGAGAAGAGGAAGCCGGUGCAGAACGACGUCGCCGUGACUACAAAGAAGUCGCGGGGAUCGAAGGAGAAGGAGAAGGAGAAGGAGAAGGAGGAGGAGGAGACCACCGCCACGCUCACGACGGAGGAAGAGGAGGUCGAGGAGUUCUUUGCGAUUCUUAACCGGAUACACGCGGCGGUUAGCUACUUCAAGAAGGGAGGCCGUCAAUGGACGGAGGAAGGUUCGAAACUUAGAGCAAUGUUGGAAACGGAGAAUUGCGAGAGCGAUGACGCCGUUAAAGACGAAGCGGUGGUGAGGAUGAGACGAGAUGAGGAGGCGGUUGUGGAGGAGAAUCCCGGUUUUGAUUUGAACGCUUUGCCGGGUCCGGAUUGUGAUCCGGCUUAGAUAUUUUUACUUUUUAAAUUAAUCUUUGUCUGAGUUAGAAAGAUUCUGCCUCCGAGCCUGUUUUUUUUUUUUUUUUUUUUUUCAUUUUAUAAAUUAGAAAAGAAAAAUUAUUACUCCAACUAUAUAGCAAUUUUAAUGUUUUUGUAGAUAGAUUAUAUAUAUAUAUAAAUUAUAAUAUGUUUGUUGAAUUUUGAAAUUUUAUUGUAAUUGAAUGGGUGAUCUGGCCUUUUUUCCGUUCACGAGUAUUGACUAUUUAAGUUGAAUCUAGUUUUAUGAAA